AAAAGUAAUUACAGUCACAAACAGCUUGAAGUUUUGCGAAAAUGUUGGGUUACUACAAUUACCUGAUUGAAAUUGGGGAUACUUUAAUAAAAAAUAAAUUUUUGUUAAACAGUCCAACACCAAGUUUUGUCUUUCUAGCAAUUUAUUUGUUGCUCAUUUAUGUAAUUGUACCCCAGUAUAUGAAAAAGAAAGAACCUUAUACACUCAAAACUAUUAUUUUCUUUUACAAUAUAUUUCAAAUAGUUGCUUGCACAUACGUUGUUUACCAAUUUAUGACACCACUUUCAGAACCUUUAUAUAACUGGAAUUGCGAUACUUUUACGCACGAAAACACUCCCAAAUCACAAAGACGCUUAAAAAUCUGUUAUUACGUUUUUCUAAUAAAAAUUGUAGAAUUGGUGGAAACUGUCUUUUUCCUAAUGAGGAAAAAACUCAACCAAAUUUCAGGUCUUCACAUUUAUCAUCAUACAUCAACAUUGUUACUUGUUUGGUUUCUAACGAGAUAUUAUCCAGGAGGACUUACAGCAUUUUGGUUUAUGUUAAAUUCUGGUGUUCAUGUCCUGAUGUACAGUUAUUAUUUCGUCACAACUUUGGGGCCUGGAUUUCAAAAAGUGUCAAGCUUUUUAAAGCCCAUUAUGACUCUAGUUCAAAUGGUUCAAUUUGUUAUAAUAAUAGUUCAUGUGUCUCAAAUAAUUUUAAACCCGAAAUGUGGUUUACCCUUUAUCGUUUUCGGGAUUGUUGUCUUUGAUGCAAUUUUCUUGUUUUUUAUGUUUGCAAGCUUUUUCAAAGCGACUUAUCUUCGAAACGACAAGAAGAAAGUUAAAUAGAAACAGGGUGUUAUUUUUGUAGCCAAUUAAAAGUUCUGAAAACGU